AUGUCCUUUACUAGCUUCAUUGGUAGAGCAAUAGCUAGAGGCAUUUACGGGCAGCAAAUAAUGAAGGCAUGUCCUGAUUUAAAAAAACACCAUGCCGCUUUGGACUUAUUUUGUGAAGCUUGCAAUGAAGUGUCUUUUAAUGUACCUCAUAAACUGAAGAUGGGAAUGUUUAUUGGCAGAGUAAAAAUGAAACAUUGUCUUAAUGAUACUGGAAUUAUUGGUAUAAACAAUCCCAAUUUUGUAAUUCUGGAAGAUGGUUCACUGUAUACCAAAAAUGCUAUUUCUUUGACUACACAUGAAAGCAUCAUUACUGUAUUUUUAAAAAAUGUUUAUACACAUGAGCAAAAGCGGAUAUAUGUUAGCUUGCUAACAUACCCCCAAAAGGACUCAAAAACUAAGAGAAGGCAUGUCCGAUCAACUGUUGUGGGACGAACAAAACGAAGAUGGGCUCCAGUCCCAACUAUUAUAAUGGAAAACUCACUAGGUCCUUUUCCUAUGCAAAUUCAACAGCUGUCUUCUGACAUGGCAUUAAAGUACAAUAUUAGAUAUUUCAUCACUGGCCCUGGUGUUGACAAACCACCACUGAAUUACUUUUACAUUGAGCAAGAAACUGGAAAUCUCUUUGUUACUUGCCCAAUAGAUCGUGAAGAAUACCCAGAAUUUCAGCUCAUUUGCUAUGCAAUGACACCGGAUGGAUAUACCCCAGAAAUCCCACUUAUUCAUCUCAUCAAAAUAGAGGAUGAUAAUGAUAAUACUCCAGAAUUUGAGUAUAAUAUUUAUACUUUUCAUGUACCCGAAAACAGUAUAAUUGGAACAAUUGUUGGACAAGUGACUGCAAAAGACAAAGAUGAACCCAAUACACUGCAUAGCAAAGUGAAAUACAGAAUUAUAUCCCAGAGUCAUCAGAAACUUCAGGAAUUUGUUAUAGAUCCAGAUUCAGGCUGUAUUACGGUAGCGUUACAUCUGGACAGAGAGACUGUACCAACAUACACACUAAACAUAGAAGCAAGAGACAUGGGAGGUGAGGAGUUUGGUUUGUACACUACAGCACCAGUACAUAUUGAGAUUGGAGAUGUAAAUGAUAAUCUACCUCAAAUAGCACAAAGUAUGUAUGUAGUGGAAGUAUAUGAAAACAUAGAACAUGCAGAAAUAUUAUGUAUUCCUGUUGAAGAUAAAGAUGAAUCCAGAACAUCAUCAUGGAUGGGUAUAUUUGUUAUUACUAAAGGAAAUGAAGAUAAUAGUUUUGCUAUUAGAGUUGAUCCACAGCAGAAUAUUGGGUGUUUAAGCACUUUAAAGGAACUAGAUUAUGAGAAAAGUCACGAGAGAAGAUUAGAAAUUGUCAUAAAUAAUGAGGCACCUUAUGUUCCACCUCCAAAUUCAAGAGCUCUUCAAACAAGUGUGGCAAGCAUUGUGGUCAAAAUUAAGGAUCAGGAUGAAGGACCUGUAUUUGAAUCUUGUGAAUAUAUUCUACACAUAAGUGAACGCUUGUUGGUUGGCACAGUGGUUGGUAAUUACCAAGCAAUGGACCCAGAAACUGGAAACAAACAUUUAAGUUACAAAAUAAUAAAGGACCCAUGUGGUUGGAUCACCAUUGAUGAAUCAGGAAACCUCAGGACAACUGAAAGUUUAGAAAGCGAUUCAAAAAUCAUAGAAUACAGUCAAUGCAAUGUAACAGUAUCUGCAAUUGAUCAAAGUGGUAAAACAGGAAAUGGAACAAUUGUGAUAGUACUUAUGAUUGAGAACAAUUACCCAGUGAGUACCAGUAAACACUAUGUCAUGUGUAAAGAUAAAAAAACGAUCUGUAUAAACGCCACUGACAUUAAUUUGCCAAUGUCUACUAUACCUUAUCAUUUUGAAAUAGAGAAACCAGUGGACUUAAAAUGGAAGUUAACUCCAAACGAUGUAGGCUUUGGUGCACCUUAUGGUCUUUGGCUCUACCGAAAACGUCACACAUCUCAGGAAGAAUCUGAUUUAACUUUUGAGAAUGUAACAAGAUCAAACACUGAGGCACCAGGUGAAGGAAACAUAAGACCAAACAUUGAGGCACCAAGAGAAGGAAACACAAGACCAAACACUGAGGCAUCAGGAAAUACAGGAAAUACAAUGGUAUUUCUUUGUGGAGAAGAUGAAGAACGUAACGUGGCUAAAGAGUAUUUACAUGCAUAUAAUUAUGAAGGCAAAGAUUCACCAACUGGUACUCUAAGUUCCUGUACAGGGGAGUCAGAAGAAGAAAAACUGAGUUUUUUAAAUGAGCCAGAGCCUCCAUUCCGGACAUUAGUUGAAGUUUUUGUACAGAAGGAUUGUGUUUAA